UUAUUUAUUAUUUGUGAAUGAUUAUAAUUAUGUCAGCGGCAAAAUUAAUCCAUAAACACAAAUAGAUUUUAUUUUACAAAACAAUCAAGAUUUUUGUAAUAAAAAAAGAAAUAGAUUCUUCAAGAAGUUUAGAUAUUUCCUGAUAUGGGGUUGUUUGGUAAAUCUAACGAAAGGAAUCCAAAAGAGAUGGUAAACGAAUGGUCACACAAGAUCCGAAAAGAAGGAUAUCAACUUGAUCGUCAAAUUAGAGCUAUACAACGGGAAGAAGAAAAGGUCAGAAGAUCUCUGAAGGAAGCUGCAAAGAAAAAUGAUAAAGACACCUGCCUUAUUUUAGCUAAAGAGAUAUUGAGAGCUAGAAAAUCUGUCAAUAAAAUUCAUACCACUAAGGCACACCUUAAUUCAAUUAAUCUACAAAUGAAAAACCAAUUAGCUACUCUUCGAGUUGCUGGUUCUCUGGCAAAGUCUACAGAAGUUAUGCAGGCAAUGCAGUCAUUAGUAAGGAUUCCUGAAGUGGCUAACACAAUGAGAGAAAUGUCAAAAGAAAUGAUGAAAGCAGGAAUUAUUGAAGAAAUGAUAGAUGAAUCCAUGGAUGUUUUAGAAGAUUCUGAAGAAAUGGAAGAUGAAGCACAAAAAGAAGUAGAUAAAGUCUUAUGGGAAGUAACUGAAGGUAAACUAGGAGAAGCUCCAGAACCUCCUGUUUCUGAAGCUGCAGCAGAACCUGCAGCACCUCCAACUGAAGAAAGCGAAGAAGAUAUACAAGAAAUGCAAAGCAGAUUAGCAGCACUGAGGUCAUAGAAAGUAUUACUGUUUUAUCUCAGUAUUAAUGAUAUAUUAACAGCUUUUGAAUUGUACAGUUCUGUCUGUCAAUAUUACUAAUUAUCAUCUUUAAAAAUAUUAUAAUUCAGCAGUUAUUAAUAAUAGUUUAUAUUAUAAAUAAAUCCAGCACUGUUAUAGUUAAAAUAAUACUGCUCUAGGAAGAGGAGAAUGUGAACUUAUUUAAUAAUACCGAAUUAUUCUUCAUAUAAUUAUUUAUUCCAAAAGAUUUUUUCCAACUUUCACAUUCUUUCUGUGGUGUUAAUUAUUUGAAAAUGUGAAGUAGC